CAACACUGGAAAGACGAGAUUUUCAACGUCACACUCCAGAAAUGAAAGUAAAGUUUGUCAGAGUGGCAGCCACGCAGCAGUCGAGACAAGUCUCUGUUUCUCUCUAAAAGAAAAUUCAAACUGAGUUCAUCAGGUCUUACUCAGCAACACAGCAGAGUCUCUGCCAAACACUGAUAUGGCUGCUGCGAACUAUCUGCGAUCUGAAGAUCAGUUUCUGUGCUCCAUCUGUCUGGAUGUGUUCACUGAUCCUGUCACCACAUCAUGUGGACACAACUUCUGCAAAAACUGCAUCAAUGUACACUGGGAUACUAACGACCGGUGCCUGUGUCCGAUGUGUAAAAAGGUUUUCAACACAAGACCUGAGCUGCACGUCAACGCUUUCAUCUCUGAGAUGGCUGCUCAGUUCAGACAGUCAGCUCAACAGGAAGCCAGCAGCAGCAGCUCAGAGACACAAGUGUCCAAACCAGGAGAAGUUCCCUGUGACGUCUGCACUGGAACCAAACUGAAGGCCCUGAAGUCCUGCCUGGUGUGUCUGGUCUCCUACUGUGAGACUCACCUGGAUCCUCAUCUGACAGUGUCAGGCCUGAAAAGACAUCAGCUGAUCGACCCUGUGGAGAACCUGGAAGGCAGGAUGUGUACAGAGCACAAUAAACCUCUGGAGCUGUUCUGUAAGACCGACCAGACAUGUGUCUGCGUGCUCUGCACUGUUUUAGACCACAAGACACAUGAGUUUGUUCCUCUGAAGGAAGGAUAUGAAGGAAAGAAGGCCGAGCUGGGGAAGACAGAGGGUGAAACUCAGCAGAUGAUCCAGAAGAGACGACUGAAGAUUCAGGAGAUCAAACGCUCGGUUGACCUCGGUAAGGAAGAUGCAGACAGAGAGAUCGCAGAAGGUGUUCAGGUCUUCACUUCUCUGAAGGAGUCUGUUGAGAGAGGCCAGGCCAAUCUCAUCCACACGAUCAAAGAGAAGCAGAAAACAACAGAAGAACAGACCAAAGCUUUCAUCAAAGAGCUGGAACAGGAAAUCUCUGAGCUGAUGAAGAGAAGGACUGAGGUGGAGCAGCUCUCACGCUCUCAAGACCACCUCCAUCUUCUCCAGAGUGUCCAGUCCCUAAACACCCACCACCCACCACCCACCAAGGACUGGACAGAGGUCAGCGUCCCUCCACCAUCAUAUGAGGGGUCUGUGAGGAGAGCUGUGGCUCAGCUGGAGGAGACACUCAGUAAACAGAUGAAGAAGCUGCUUGAAGCAGAGCUGAAGAGGGUCCAGCAGUAUGCAGUGGAUGUGACUCUUGAUCCUGAUACAGCAAAUCCCGAACUCAUCCUGUCUGAUGAUGGGAAACAAGUGAAUCAUGGUGAUGUAAAGAAGAAACUUCCAGACAACCCAGAGAGAUUUUCUCAUCAUACUUGGGUCUUAGGAAAGCAGAGUUUCUCUUCAGGCAGAUUUUACUUUGAGGUUCAAGUUAAAGGAAAGACUGAAUGGAAUUUAGGAGUGUGCAGAGAGUCGAUCAACAGGAAGGGAAAAAUCACACUGAGCCCUGAGGAUGGUUACUGGGCUAUAUGGUUGAGAAAUGGAAAUAAGUACAAAGCUCUUGAUGACCCUCCAGUCCGUCUCUCUCUGAAGUCUCAGCCUCAGAAGGUGGGGGUGUUUGUGGAUUAUGAGGAGGGUCUGGUCUCCUUUUAUGACGUAGAUGCUGCAGCUCUUAUCUACUGCUUUACUGGCUGCUCCUUCACUGAGAAACUCUUCCCAUACUUUGGUCCCAGUCUUAAUUAUGGUGGUAAAAACUCUGCACCUCUGAUCAUCUCUCCUGUCAGAGUGAACUAAUCACUUAUCUUACUUCAUGUAUUGAUUUAUUUUUAUUCAAGGGAACAAAUGUACGUAUUUAGAGGCAACACUGUAUAGUUUACAUCUUAUUUUCUGUUUACUGUGGUGAUUGAUUUAUACUUGAUUGUUAAGAUUUUUUAUUAUAUGUAUCCCAUUAUAUCGG